AUGGUUGUAGCGACUGUUCUACUCGUGGGACUGCUGAGUACUGUCUUGGCGCUCCCGUCCUCAGAAACAGCCGACGACCCAAGCUGCAUACGCAUGACGCCGGAGAACAGGAACAAACUGGACUCGAUGAUGAACGAGGUCGUCGAGUUCGUGACCAGGCUGGCGGCGCGCAACCAGGACUUCGACGUAGCCUCGCUGAAGAUGAAGAUCGACAGGCACUACCAAGAAGACGAUGACACGAAAGACACCGUAUUGGAGUUCAUCGUGAAUGACUGCAGCUCUGAUGCUAAAGAAGCCGCCAGCUGGGUGGAACAAUCGGGGGGGCUGGAGGGUUCCCAGACACCGGAGGUGGUGUGGCUGAACCUGCCGGAGAACGGGAGAGAGGUGUUGCGCUAUUUAAACAGGAAACGAGGCGAUAAACCGUUCCUGGUGUACACAAACGGAAUGGAGCAAUACGUAUUUCCU